AAAAAUGCCUCCAAAAAAAUAAAAGAUUGACUAAUUUUUUGAAUCAAAGGAAAAAAAGUCAGAAAAAAAGGUAUAAGAAUAAAAUAAUGAUAAUAAAAUCAUUGAGGAAGAAUACAAAGUAUUUCUUUUCUUAGAUGUAUAAGCCUGUCCCUGAAGGUAUUGUUCCUUUUGAUGACUUUUAUAAUGGUUUGUUUAGUUGGUAGAAAAGUUUAAAAAAUUAAGAAGCCAACCUCAAAAAUAUUUAUGAAUUCAUUAGAAAAGAAUAUUAGAUUAAAACAUGUUAUCCUCCAUUUGAGAAAAUAUUCAAUGCAUUCUAACUUACACCAAUUAAUAAGAUAAAAGUUGUAAUAGUGGGAUAAGAUCCGUACAUUAAUUAAAAUGAAGCAAUGGGAUUAUGUUUUUCUGUUCCUCGUUCAUAAUCAAAGAUACCUCCCAGCCUAAAAAAUAUUUAUAAAUUACUAUCUACAGAUAUUUAAGGAUUUUAAAUACCAAAACAUGGAGAUUUGACUAAAUGGGCAUAAUAAGGAGUUUUCUUACUUAAUACAGUAUUAACUGUUGAAGCUGGAAAGUCUAAUUCUCAUAAAGAUUGUGGUUGGAUUAAAUUCACAGAUUAAGUUAUUGAAGUUAUUAAUAAAUAAUGCAAUGGAAUAGUAUUUUUAUUAUGGGGAUUACCAGCCUAAAAGAAAGCUAAAGGUGUGGAUAGAUAAAAACAUUAUAUAUUAGAAACUGUUCAUCCAAGUCCAUUGUCUGCUAGUAAUGGAUUCUUUACAUCAAGUAAUUUAUGUUGUUAAUGAUUAGAUCACUUUUCAAAGUGUAAUUAAUAUUUAAUUCAAAAUGGAAAGCAACCAAUAGAUUGGACUUUGGAUUGACAAUAUAAAAUUAUUAAAU